UCGCGAGAUCGCCGCCGGAAGUGGGUGGCAGCCGGAACGCCGCGGCUCCGCUCUCCGGAAGGCGAGCUUUUCUGCGAAGCUUUGCAGCCGCCUCACCCAGGGCGCUCACCUCCGCGGAAGAGCUCGCCCCGCUGCGGCAUUUCCAUCCCACAUCGCUCGCUUUCUGCCUCCCCGACUGCACAGCUGCGCGGCCCGGCCUGCGGAGACCCCGCAAGCCCCGACCCCGCCCUCCCUCCGCGCUGCAGUUAGGCCGCGCCGUGAGGCCCAGUCCGCGGCGGCUCCGGCGGGUGAUGCCAAAUACAGCCAUGAAGAAAAAGGUGCUGUUGAUGGGGAAGAGCGGGUCGGGGAAGACCAGCAUGCGCUCGAUUAUCUUUGCAAAUUAUAUCGCUCGCGACACCCGGCGCCUAGGUGCCACCAUUGAUGUGGAGCACUCCCACGUCCGAUUUCUAGGCAACCUGGUGCUCAACCUGUGGGACUGUGGCGGUCAGGACACCUUCAUGGAAAAUUACUUCACCAGCCAGCGAGACAACAUUUUCCGUAAUGUCGAGGUUUUGAUUUACGUGUUUGACGUGGAGAGCCGCGAACUGGAAAAGGAUAUGCAUUAUUACCAGUCGUGUCUGGAGGCCAUCCUCCAGAACUCUCCGGAUGCCAAAAUCUUCUGCCUGGUGCACAAAAUGGAUCUGGUUCAGGAGGAUCAGCGUGACCUGAUUUUUAAAGAGCGGGAGGAAGACCUGAGGCGUUUGUCUCGCCCACUGGAAUGCGCUUGUUUUCGAACCUCCAUCUGGGACGAAACGCUCUACAAAGCCUGGUCCAGUAUCGUCUACCAGCUUAUUCCCAAUGUCCAGCAGCUGGAGAUGAACCUAAGGAAUUUUGCCCAAAUUAUCGAGGCGGACGAAGUCCUGCUGUUCGAGAGAGCUACGUUCUUGGUCAUUUCCCAUUACCAGUGCAAAGAGCAGCGUGACGUCCACCGGUUUGAGAAGAUCAGCAACAUCAUUAAGCAGUUCAAGCUGAGCUGCAGUAAAUUGGCCGCUUCCUUCCAGAGCAUGGAAGUUCGGAAUUCUAACUUCGCCGCUUUUAUCGACAUCUUCACAUCGAACACGUACGUGAUGGUUGUUAUGUCGGAUCCGUCGAUCCCUUCUGCGGCUACCCUGAUCAACAUUCGCAAUGCCAGGAAACACUUUGAGAAGCUUGAGAGAGUGGAUGGGCCCAAGCACAGCCUCCUUAUGCGUUGAAUGUUGCCAAAUGCUCUUUCAGAAAAUGCUGAAUUGCCUUCCCCCGCCCCCGCAUCUUUUUUUUUUUUUGUAAUAUUCAUAAUUGUCGUGUGCUUAAAAGUGGGCUUUGAAAUGUGUGCUGCUUACUACUUCCAUCUUUCUUCUCUACUCCCCCCCCCCCCCGCCCCGUCUUUAAACCUUGAACGCUAUUUACUCAGCUAUCCAGUAGACCUUCAAGAUGGCCUUUCUGAAAAGUUGGUAUGGUGUAACACUAAAGUAGGUGGUGUGUGUGCGUGUGCGUGUGUGUGUUCUGAUUACCUGGUUAUAAUAGAUAUACACAUUAAAGCCUUUACAGUAUCUUCCUGUAUUCCUUUCAAGAUUGCAAAGAUGGAAUGUUACUAUUUUAUCAGCAAGGUAUUAAAAUGCAUUUAUAAAUUCUUCUUGGCUUCGAUCAUGAAUAAACAUUCGCUGUUAGCAAUUUAAAA